GAUACAUCUGAAGCUAUCGCUCAACCUAAACCUCCAACCUCACCCUUCCAACUUCCAACUGCACACUCUCGUACCUCCCAUCAUCAUGGCCUCCCACGAGAACCUCCCCCCCGUAUCCUCCCCCACCAUCAUCCUCACCGUCCCCACUGAGUAUGAGCAGCGUCGCAUAUGGCGAGCCACCCACUCGCAUUGGGGCGCCGCUGUCCCCAUCCAAGACUACGUCGAUCGCGAGGUGGCCCUUCUCGAGGCUCCCCUCGCUCGUAAUGGAGGUUUGACACCCUGGAUGCUCACAGACGGGAGUCUAGCCCCCGACAGCCGUCCUAUCCUCUCCAGCUUCGAGGCUUAUAGGAAGCGGGCCCUUGUAGCCAACAAGGAUGGCGCCGUAAGAGAGGUUACUUCUUAUGGUGUUGCGAGUGUCUAUACCUUUACCGAGUGUCGAAAAAAGGGAUACGCGCGCAAGAUGAUGGAACUCUUCGCUGAACAACUCCGCGCCGUACAGGAGAAGAAAGAGGGGGAUGCGGCCCUCUCAGUCCUGUGGUCAGAUAUUGGCAAGGAUUUCUACAGCUCCAUUGGAUGGAAACCAUUUCAGAGCGCGUACCUUGAGUUCCCGAUAACUAAGGCCUCAAUUGUGCCGGACGGGAACCUGAAGCUCAUCAACUUCGAGGAUCUCCCCUCCCUCGCCGCCAAGGACGAACAACUACUGCGCAACAAAAUCUCCAAACCCUCCUCCAAGGUACGCGCCGUCAUCGUCCCCGACUUGGAUACCCUGCAAUGGCACCUCAUCCGCGAGGACUACAUGUGCAAGUACAUAUUCUCUCGCACACCAUCCAUCCGCGGUGCCAUCUACACGCCAGCCAACGCCCCCGACUCUCGAGUCUGGGCCAUUUGGUCCCGUGCCUUCUACGGCGGCCUCGCCAAGCCAGAGAAGAACACAUUGUAUUUCCUGCGCUUCGUGAUCGAGAACGAGGAUAUCUCAGAUGAGGAGCUGGCCAAGGGUAUCCAGGCAAUUGUUAGCGUCGCACAAAAGGAGGCUCCAGAGUGGAAGUGUGCUAAGGCUGAGAUUUGGAACCCUGGCGAGCGGGUGAAGAGGGUGGCAGAGGGGAUUGAGGAACUUGGAGCCCAGUUCAAGAUUAGAGAUUACGACAAUCUCCCUAGUUUGCAGUGGUUUGGCAAUGGCUCUGUUGACGACGUUGAGUGGGUCGCCAGCGAAAAGUAUGCGUGGUGUUAGAACGAGAACAUAAAUCGACAUUCAAGUCAACGAAAUCAAUUAGAUAUAGAACAUGAAGA